AUGACACUCUUCUUGCCCUUCACCUGCGCUCUCCUGGCAGCGGGCUAUGCCACCCGCAGCUACGGGACCUACCACAACGAUGACCCGCAAGUCUACACAGCCAGCCUGUUGUUGAUCUACGCCGCACCCCCCCUCCUCCAACUAACCAACCACCUGAUCCUAACCCGCCUCUUCCACUUCGUCCCCUACUUCGCGCCGAUCCACCCGCACCGCACGCUGAUCAUCUUCAGCGCGCUGACCGCCGCCAUCGAGCUGCUGACCAUCGCGGGGGUGGCCUACAUCACGGACCGCACGGCGCCCGACAAGUCGCUGGGCAUCGGCGACACGCUGACCAAGGCGUCGCUGGUGGUGCAGCUGAUCGUGGUGGCGGCCUUUUUGCUGCUGGCGGGGGUGUUUUAUGGUAGUUGUCGCGGGGGGCGGAUCCGUAAUGCGAGGGUGGUGCGGCCGUUGCCGGUGGCGGUGAAUGUGGAGCAUCCGGCGGGGUAUUUGCCCGAGAACCCGUGCAUGUACCUGGCGCAGAACGGGAAGACCAUCUUGAAGGGGCCGGGGUGGAAUGAUUCGCGGUCGAAGACGGGAGACGAUCUUUAA